UCAACUAAACAGCCAUCUAGCUAGCUAGCUACUUUAACGCUGCAGUUUAAUCAUGGAUCAAUGCCGUACGUGCAUCAUAUUUGUUCUCCUUCUUACCAUUUCAAAGACUGUGAAGGGUUCUGGCGUUGGGUGGACAAAUGCUCACGCCACUUUCUAUGGAGGUAGUGAUGCUUCAGGGACGAUGGGUGGGGCAUGUGGUUAUGGAAACCUUUACAGUCAGGGGUAUGGAACAAACACAGCUGCACUGAGUACUGCUUUGUUCAAUAAUGGGUUGAGUUGUGGAGGUUGCUAUGAGAUUAAAUGUGUGAAUGACAAACAAUGGUGCUUACCAGGAUCCAUAUUAGUAACUGCAACUAAUUUCUGCCCACCAAACAGCGCUCUUCCUAACAACGCUGGAGGCUGGUGUAAUCCUCCAUUGCGCCAUUUCGAUCUAUCUCAGCCUAUUUUCCAACACAUUGCUCAAUCCAAAGCUGGAAUUAUUCCUGUGCAAUAUCGAAGGGUUGGUUGUAGCAAGAAGGGUGGAAUCAGAUUUACAAUCAAUGGGCACUCCUACUUCAAUUUAGUGCUCAUAACCAAUGUGGGUGGAGCUGGUGAUGUAGUGAGUGUGUCUGUUAAAGGCUCGAAAAGUGGCAACGGUUGGAUGGCCAUGUCCCGGAACUGGGGUCAGAAUUGGCAAAGCAACUUCUAUCUUAAUGGCCAAUCCCUAUCAUUCAAGAUCAAAACCAGUGAUGGACGCUCUCUCAUCUCCAACAAUGUGGCUCCUCCCAACUGGUAUUUUGGCCAAACCUACACUGGAGGCCAGUUAUAAGCUUCUAUUGGUCAACUUCUCGAUCUGAUCUGAUCAAUUAGUUAACCGAUUGCAAUCCAAGUAAUUUAUCCAAAACUAAUUUAAUUUGAUCCUCUUUCAUCGUCGAUCGAUAUAUAUAUCGAGUCUUCCCAUCCUACUGGUGCUCAUUGAUCCUCUGUCAACUGGCAUGGUCUCAAACUCCCAAUAAUGAUGAUACACAGGGCUCGCUACUUGAUCUGUGCAAGCCUAGCCAGGUAGCUAGCUAAUGCAUAUGGUUUCCUCUGUCAUGGAUAUUAUUAAUUGGCUGAGGUGAACAAGGUGGUCACCCCGGCGUUUGGAUGACUGGAUGAGUGUAGUUUCUAAACUUGAUUAACAACAUAGUUUCACAUAAGCUCGAUCUGUUUUGGGAUUUGUUUCGUUAAAUUCUUUCAGAGUGUACUUAUCACAGUC